AUGCUCAAGGUCCCGAAUCAUCAGGUCGCAGGACACAAAGCCGGCGAUGGGAAACUUGGGCCCCUUGUCGAUGAUUCAGGCCGUUUCUACAAGCCUCUUCAGGGUAAUGAUCGCGGAUCAAAUGAGCUUACUUUCUACACAUCUUUCUCUUCAAACACUAGAAUUCCUGACCACAUUCGCAGAUUCUUCCCUAAAUUUUACGGCACUCAGCUUGUUGAGGCGUCGGAUGGGUCCGGCUUGCAACCUCAUCUAGUUUUGCAAGAUCUUAAUUUUGGUCGAGUAAAUCCAUCAAUAAUGGAUAUCAAAAUCGGUUCUCGAACUUGGGCUCCACAAGCAUUAGAGGACUACAUUCAAAAGUGUUUGAAGAAAGAUAGGGAAACUUCAAGCCUUCCAAUAGGAUUCAGGCUAUCCGGGUUCCAAAUCUAUCAAAACAGAGAAUUGGGAUUCUGGAAGCCAGAGAGGACGUCAUUUCAGAGUCUUUCGGCUGAUGAAGUUAAGUUAUUUCUAAGAAAGUUUGUUUCUUCUAACACAUCUGCAAACUUGGAUUUGCAACCUGAUUGCUCUUUUGCUUCAAUUGUUUAUGGUGGUUCAACUGGUAUUUUAUCGCAAUUACUGGAACUAAAAGCAUGGUUUGAGGAUCAAACUAUCUACCACUUCUAUUCUUGUUCAAUCCUCAUUAUGUAUGAAAAGGAUUUCGUUUCAAAUGGAAAGAUCCCAUGUGCAGAGAUCAAACUUAUUGACUUUGCACACGUUUAUGAAGGCAAGGGAGUUAUCGACCAUAACUUCUUGGGCGGGCUCUGCUCGCUGAUAAAGUUCGUUUCAGAGAUCAUCACUACUCCAGAUGAGUGUACAACUGAAGCUUCUCCGAAGGACAUUCAGAAGAAUCAGAUAUAUUUUGAAAAUGGUACGAGUUGA